AUGGCCUCGGAACAGUACCCAAGUCUGCUCCUCCUGCCGUUCCCACCCCGGCCGCCGUCGCGCGCUUCACUCAGCGCUGCCUACCGCCCGUCACUGCUGGCUGUUCUUCCAAAAAUCAAGAAUCCAAACCGCUCCUCCGUUCUCAUAGUGGCCGUCGUGUGUCCGCUCCUCCGCGGGGCAUCGCCCAAAACCAAAUCGCUUUCGUGGCCAGCCGCACAGUCUCUCGUCGCUGGCCUCUACAGCCUCAUCGCUGUCAUAUGCGCAGAAGAAGACAUCCCCAUAGAUGUCCAUGGGGGGCCCGGCUCCGUCGAUGCUCGAGUUGUCCUGGUCGACCAUGACGCUGAAAGGAGGUUCGAUUCUAAUUUUGUUGCCGCCGUUGAACCCAACAAUACCACCGUAGUCGACCUUCCAACCUUCGCUUCGGCUUACCACCCCUGGAGCCUCAUUUUUCACGUCAACAGCGAGCAAGGCUACCGAACUCUUUCCACAUAUCUCAAAUUCGCAGAGGGCCGGCAGACCAUUCUGCAGUCACAACUAGUCGUCGUUGAAGCGGGGCUCAGCCUGAACCUUGACAGCUCAGGGGCUGAACGGGCAGAAGACACCCCAGGAUACUCCAUCGUAUGUCUUGGGGGCACCUUUGACCACUUGCACCCGGGUCAUAAGUUGCUUCUGACUGCUGCGGUUCUUCUCCUUCGGGUACCGGUCAAGGACUCGACAACAGCAUGUCGUCUGAUCGUCGGCAUCACAGGAGACCAGCUGUUGACGAACAAGAAGUACGCAGAGCUUGUGCAGUCCUGGGAUGACAGAGCUCGAUACGUUAUUGACUUCCUCUCGUCGCUGCUCGAGCUGGACAAAGGGGGUUGGAAGAAGAAGGCGGGUCCCGUUGCAGGCGUCAUGGCCCAGCCGGGCCGCCUCGAGGCGACGUUUCGGGGCGGCGCCAUCACGGUGGAGUGCGUCGAGAUCCAAGACCCGUUUGGCCCGACAAUUACACGGGAGGAAAUGGACGCUCUAGUGUUUUCGGGAGAGACACGGUCGGGUGGGCAGGCCGUCAACGAACGGCGGGUUGCGCUCGGAUGGAAGCCGUUGGAGACUUACGAAGUCGAGGUGCUUGACGCCAACAAUCUUGGUGACGAGGCAAGCGGGACAGACAACUUUGCGUCCAAGAUAAGUAGUACAGCCAUCCGGCAGCAAAAGGCAGAGGCCACGGCGAAGCUGGAGGGCAAAAGCCGGCUCUCCUAG